AUGUCGCGCUCCUUCUAUGUCGACUCGCUCAUCAUCAAGGACUCCUCCCGGCCAGCACCCUCGCUGCCCGAGCCGCACCCGGGGCCGGAUUUCCUCAUCCCGCUAGGCAUGCCGUCCCCGCUGGUGAUGUCGGUGUCGGGGCCCGGCUGCCCGUCGCGCAAGAGCGAGGCGUUCUGGGAUUAUUUAAUGGCGGCGGCGGCCUUGGGGCAUCCGCAGCACCACGCACCUGUCUGUGCCGCCACCACCUACAACGUGGCCGACCCGCGGAGAUUCCACUGCCUCACCAUGGGAGGCUCGGACGCCAGCCAGGCACCCAACGGCAAGAGGAUGCGCACGGCGUUCACCAGCACGCAGCUCCUGGAACUGGAGCGCGAGUUCUCCUCCAACAUGUACCUGUCGCGACUCCGGAGGAUCGAGAUCGCCACGUACUUGAGCCUGUCGGAGAAGCAAGUGAAAAUCUGGUUCCAGAACCGCCGGGUGAAGCACAAGAAGGAGGGGAAGGGCACGCCGAGGAGCAGUCACGGCGGCUGCAAGUGCGCAGGCAGCCAGGCGCACUACGCGCGCUCCGAAGACGAAGACUCCUUGUCGCCGGCCUCGGCCAACGACGACAAGGAGAUUUCUCCGUUAUGA